AUAAAAUGCCAUUGAUCAGCCAUCGCAAUUCGAUCCAUUCAACUGAGCCACCAACUUGUCAUGUGAGCGUUCGUUGAGGGUGUGAACGCCCACUGGGCCCAAGCCGUUCUAAGUAAAUUUUACCACCAUGGAGUCUAUUAAGCCUGACUUGCAGCGUCUUGGUAUUUUCAAAGAGAUGUCGUAUCACACGAUCGGAGACCCGUACGUUCCGUUUCAAUCUGUUAUCGCAGCGCCCCGAAGCAAUCCGCGUGGUGUUCCGCCCAUGUACCUGUCCGGGGGAUACUCAAAAACCAAAAGUGCAAAUUCGGACGGAUACUUCAGCCCCUUUAUAUCGAUAAGCAUUGGUGACGGCGGAAUGAAGUACGCAGAAAUCAUGCGGCAACAUCGAAAACAGGCUAAAGCUAAGCGAGUUGGCAAGGGCGAAUGGAUACCAUCUAGUGGCACAAAACUGCGAUCGGGCACAGGAAGUUAUUUCGGGAAUUUUCAAGAACGUUUCACGGCAUUUGAUCCAACAGUCCGUGUCGCACCUAAGGUGCCUUCCUUGAAAAACUUUUAUACCAAUCCCGGUAAGAAGGGUACUGGUUACGGUUACGUUGACGUCUGUUUAAACCCUUACCCUAAGUACGAAACUGGCGAUACUGCUAUUGAUGCUGCGCGUCGGAUGUAUCAAACUCAAGCGGCGGAGCACGCAGCUAAAGUGAAAGGGCGAACUCCGUUUAUAUCCACCUCUAGAACCAUGGACGCAUUUGAUGUAAACCCGUGGGCGAAAGGGGAUCCGUUGGCUCCAGGAGGACCUACCACAAUAAAAUUUGGGAUUGCCGCGUUCCCCAAGAGUAUGCAAAUCGGUCCGACGUUCAUGCCUUCGAGUCCAGCCAAGCGGGAUGGUGGCAUGAAAGAUGGGACGUUAAGCAAAUUUCCAGAAUACACAUCUGAGCCCUACGUGGAUCCUCACCGUAAAACACGCGAGGACAAGUCCAGAUUCGUUGGACCUCAAUGGAUUCCCAACCCUGGCGCAGCUUUGGUUAUACCCACUCCGUCAAUUGUGGACAAAAACACAACACUGGGUAUUAACGCUAAAACCCGCAAAUUCAGACAUAAAGUUUGGAGUGCAUGUUGACAUUCCCAAACAUCUGAAUCUCCACGAAAUUUGCGCCUUUUUACUUUUAGCUCCAAAAAUGGAUGGCUAUAGAACACACUAUAAAUAUAUUUCCAAGAACCAAUGAAGGGAUUUAAUUCUGUGUUGUCUGGCAUAUGUGCCUGACGCUGCAUUGUUCCGACAACUAACUGACCACCGUAUUU